AUGGUCAUCACUUUCGCUGUUUUGAGGUGCAAAAAACAUAUAACGCUACUGAUGAUCGACGAGCCUAUAGUGAAUCCUAUAGGACCAGGCAUUGGAGAAGAAAAGGACGAUACAGAAAAUUUGGAAAAUACAGUUGGAGAGCAGUCUUCGGCAAACUGCACGGUUUGCAUAGCUAUCGGAGAAGUGGAUCUUUUCCAUGCGCCGGCUACCCAACAGCAGAAGUGCGUUUCCGCUGGUGCUGUUAAGAACGAGGAGGCAAAGGAGUGA